CUUGUCUCAAGAGCUGUCAGAAAUGGCAUGUGCUUCACAGAAGUCUGGAUCACUUUUUUUUUUUUAACAAGAUUGGUACAUUGCAAAUCAUACUGAAUGGUGGAUUGUCUUGACAAAUCAAUGCUUUACUGUGUGCACUGGCAAUUUUGCUGCAGUCUGUCAAAAGAGUGGGGAAAAAUCCUCUAAGAUGAGUCUCCCAGACCAAGAGAGUGUAAGAUCAGGCUCACAUGUCUUCAGCUCUGUGUCUGUGAAAAGUGACCUUUCACAUGAAGCUCCACCAGACUUCAGUGAGAAAACACCAUCAUCACCUACCAAAAGUGUAAGAUCAGGCUCACAUGUGUUUAGCUCUCUGUCUCAGAAAAGUGACUGUUCAAAAGACAAACCACAGAACUUAAGUGAAAAAACACCAUCAUCACCUACCAAAAGGGUAAGAUCAGGCUCACGUGUGUUCACCUCUGUGUCUUUGAAGAGUGAUAGGUCAAUAUUUCAACCAAUUAACUUCAGUGAGGAAACACCAUCAUCAACCAAAAGUUACCAAGGACAGAAGACCACAGUAAAUAUUGGUGCAGAAUUUACACGGUGGCAAACAUUGAAAUCACAGAAGGGACUGAAGAGUGAUGUGGAACUGGCAACUUUUCUUCUCAACAGGGUUCAAUAUGAGAAAUUAGACUCAGAAUUCCAGACGUACCGCCUCCGUAAAGAGUUCAGUGAAAAUCGUCUCUGGAUCUUCCAGGAUCUUGAGAACAAAGUAAUUGUAUUUCUGAAAAAUGAGCUGGAAAAGUUGAAGAAAAUACUACAAAAAGAGAACACACAAUACUUUGUGCAAGACUUUAAUGAGGGCAUGUGCAGUAUCAAAGAAUCAGCUCUUGAUAUUACACUCUACUUUCUAAGAGAUAUGAAGCAAGAUAAACUUGCAGAUACUCUAGAGGAUGAGCUCACCCUCAUUCAUCAGCGACAGCUGAAAACAAACCUGAAGAGGAAGUAUCAAUGUGUGUUUGAAGGAAUUGCAAAGCAUGGUGACUCUACACUUCUGAAUAACAUCUACACAGAUCUCUACAUCACUCUGGGUGGUAGUGAACAGGUCAAUACUGAACAUGAAGUAAGACAGAUAGAAGUUGCUUUCAGGCGUGCUGACUCACAAGAGAUACAGGUUGAAUGCACAAAUUUGUUCGAAGCACCUGACCAAGACAAAGACAUCAGAACUGUACUGACAAAAGGAGUUGCUGGCAUCGGAAAAUCAGUUUCUGUGCAAAAGUUUGCUCUGGAUUGGGCUGAAGAAAAAGAAAAUCAGGACAUCAGCUUUGUAUUUCCUCUUCCUUUCCGGGAGAUGAACUUAAAGGAGGAAGAAAAGCAAAGCUUGAUGAGCCUUAUAAGUCAGUUUUUCCCAGAGACCAAAGGACUGAACCUUACAAGAAGGAAUCAGUUCAAAGUUCUUUUCAUCCUAGAUGGAUUGGAUGAAUGCCGACUUCCUCUAAACUUUGAAGGUAAUGAAACAUGGCGUGAUGUAUCUUCACCAGCCUCUCUGGAUGUUCUCCUAACAAACCUCAUCAAGGGAAAUCUGCUUCCUUCAGCUCUCAUCUGGAUCACCACUAGACCAGCAGCUGCCAGUAAGAUUCCUCCUGACUGUAUCGACCGGCUGACAGAGAUACGAGGAUUCAGUGAUGCACAAAAGGAGGAGUACUUCAGAAAAAGAUUCACAGAUGAGAAUCAGGCCAACAAAAUUGUUGAUCUUGUUAAACAAUCUAAGAGUCUCUUUAUAAUGUGCUACAUCCCAGUCUUCUGCUGGAUUACAGCCACUGUUCUACAAAACAUUUUGAACAUUAAAAAACAUAAUGAUCUAAAAAAUGCUAAGAUUGUUGAUGCCUCCAAAAGACCACAAGAAUCAAAUACUGAAGACACUCCCAAGACUCUGACACAAAUGUACACACACUUUCUCCACUUUCAGAUCCAGCAGAGCAGACGAAAGUAUGAUGUUUCCUGGGAUCAAGGUACCAUUCUUUCACUGGGAAAACUGGCAUUUCAACAGCUGGAAAGAAACAACCUGAUCUUCUAUGAUACAGACCUGGAAGCCUGUGGUAUUGAUGUCUCUAAAGCAUCAGUGUACUCAGGCAUGUGUACCCAGAUCUUUAAGGAGGAAACAGGGAUCAUUUUUGGUACCAUGUACUGCUUUGUUCACUUGAGCAUUCAAGAGUUUAUUGCAGCUCUAUAUGCGCAUCUGUUUCUAGACCUCAACAACAAAAGUGUGUUUGAUCAAGAGUCUACAGAACACGACAACAAAAGUGAAACCUUGACUGAUUUGCUCAAGACUGCAGUGGACAAGGCACUUGAGAGUGACAAUGGACAUCUGGACCUUUUUCUUCGAUUCCUCCUCGGUCUGUCACUUGAGUCCAACCGUCCACUUUUAAGAGGUCUGUUUACUCAGCAAGACAGCAGUGGCCAGAGCUACAAGGAAAUAGUUCAGUAUAUCAAGCAGAAAUUAGACAGUAAUCUAUCUCCAGAGAGAUCCAUCAAUCUGUUCCAUUGUCUAAAUGAACUGAAUGAUCACACUCUGGUAAAAGAGAUUCAAAGCCAACUUAACAAAGGAAGUCUCUCAUCUGCUAAACUUUCUCCUGCCCAGUGGUCUGCUGUGGCCUUUGUGUUGUUGACAUCAGAGGAGGAGCUGGAGGUGUUUGAUCUACAGAAAUUCAAGAAAUCAGACGAGUGUUUUUUUAGACUACUGGAAGUUGUCAAAACCUCCAAAAGGGCUUUGUUAAAUGAUUGUGACUUAACAGACAGAAGCUGUUCAGCUCUGGCUACAGCUCUUAUAUCAGACUCCAAUCUGAAAGAGCUGAACAUGAGCAAUAAUAAUAUUCAGGAUUCAGGAGUGAAGCAACUCUGCAUUGGACUGAAAAGUAUACAAUGUAAAUUAGAGGUACUGAGGCUCAGAAAGUGUGAUCUAACAGGGAAAAGCUGUUCAGCUCUGGCUUCAGUUCUCAGUUCAGACUCCAGCAGUCUGAAAGUUCUUGACCUGAGCAACAAUGAUCUGCAAGAUUCAGGAGUGAAGUUGCUCUCUGUUGGACUCAAAGAGAACCAUAAACUAGAGAAACUCAGACUCGCUGAAUGUAAUGUAACAGAGCAAGGAUAUAAAGCUCUGGCUUUAGCUCUGAGAUCAAACCCUUCACUCCUGAUAGAGCUGGAUCUCACUGGAAAUGAUCCUGGACAAUCAGGAGUGCAGCAGCUCAAUGAUUUACUACAGGAUCCAAACUGUCAGCUGAAGACACUGAGACUUUUAAGUCCUGCUGCGGAUAAAGCCUGUCAGUAUGUGAAUGGAAUUGUGGGUAAAAACAUUUUACUCCUGAAGGAGCUGAAUCUGAGUGAAUGUGAACUAGGAGACACAAGGGUGAAUCAGAUCGCAGCUGUACUGCAGGAUAAACACUGCAAACUUAAAACACUUCACCUGUGUGAUUGUGGUCUAACAGAGGAAAGCUGUUCAGCUCUCGCUACAGUCCUGAUAUCAAACCCCAGUCUGAAAGAGCUUGACAUGAGCAACAAUAAUCUACAGGAUUCAGGAGUGCAGAAACUCCAGGAUGGAUUAGAAAAAAGAAACUGCACACUGGAGAAACUUGGACUUUCAAACUGCAGUAUCACUGAAGAAGGUUAUAAAGCUCUGGCUUCAGCUCUGAGGUCAAACCCUUCACAUCUGAUAGAGCUGGAUCUCACAGGAAAUGACCCUGGACAAUCAGGAGUGAAGGUGCUCAGUGAUUUACUACAGGAUCCAAACUGUGAACUGAAGACACUGAGGUUUUUGGGUCCUGCUGCAGAUGAAGCCUGUCAGUAUGUGACUGGAGUUGUGGGUAAAAACCCAUUACUCCUGAGAGAGCUGAAUCUGAGUGAACAUGAACUAGGAGACAAACAAGUGAAGCAGCUCGCUGCUCUUCUACAGGAUAAACACUGCAAACUAAACACACUUCAGCUCUGUGAUUGUGGUCUAACAGAGGAAAGCUGUUCAGCUCUUGCUACAGUCCUGAGAUCAAGCCCCAGUCUGAAAGAGCUUGACAUGAGCAACAAUAAUCUACAGAAUUCAGGAGUGAAGAAACUCGAAUUAGAAAAUACAAACUGCACACUGGAAAAACUCAGACUCUCUAACUGCAGUAUCACUGAAGAAGGUUACAAUGCUCUGGCUUCAGCUCUGAGAUCAAACCCUUCACACCUGAUAGAGCUGGAUCUCACAGGAAAUGAUCCUGGACAAUCAGGAGUGAAGCAGCUCAAUGUUUUACUUCAGAAUGAAUAUUAUCAAUUAAAGACUAUCAGGUUUCUGAAAAGUGCUGCUGCAACGGAAGCAUGUGAUCAUCUCACUGAAGUUGUUGGUACAAGUCCAUUAUUACUGAAAGAACUGGAUCUGAGUGAAGAUAAAUUAGGAGAUCUGGAUGGGGAGAAACUCUCUGCUCUUUUGAUGGACUCUCAUAGCAAAAUCAAGAGAAUUAAGCUAAAUAAUUGUGAGCUGACAGAGAAGAGCUGUUCAGUUCUAGCUACUGUUCUUUCCUCCAAAACCAUCCUGAAAGAGAUGGACCUGAACCACAGCCAUCUGCUUAACUCAGGAGUUAAAGAGAUGUGUGAGGGACUGAAGAACCCUGUGUGUGAGCUGAAGAUACUCAAGCUCUCUAACUGCAGUAUUACUGAAGAAGGUUAUAAAGCUCUGGCUUCAGCUCUGAGAUCAAACCCUUCACACCUGAUAGAGCUGGAUCUUACAGGAAAUGAUCCUGGACAAUCAGGAGUGAAGGAGCUCAGUGAUUUACUACAGGAUCCAAACUGUCAGCUGAAGACACUGAGGUUUUUGGGUCCUGCUGCUGAUGAAGCCUGUCAGUAUGUGACUGGAAUUGUGGGUAAAAACCCAUUACUCCUGAGAGAGCUGAAUCUGAGUGGAUGUGAACUAGGAGAGUCGAAUGUUAAUCGGCUCGCUGCUCUACUGCAGGAUAAACACUGUAAACUCAACACACUAAUACUUUCAAACUGCAAUAUCACAGAAGAAGGUUAUAAAGCUCUGGCUUCAGCUUUGAGAUCAAACCCUUCACACCUGAUAGAGCUGGAUCUCACAGGAAAUGAUCCUGGACAAUCCGGAGUGAAGGAACUCAAUGAUCUACUCCAAGAUCCAAACUGUCAACUGAAGAUACUGAGGUUUUUGGGUCCUGCUGCAGAUGAAGCUUGUCAGUAUGUGACUGGAAUUGUGGGUAAAAACCCGUUACUCCUGAGAGAACUGAAUCUGAGUGGAUGUGAUCUAGGAGACAUAAACAUGAAGCGGCUUGCUGCUCUACUGCAGGAUAAACACUGUAAACUCAACAUACUGAUUCUGCGUGGAUGCAGUAUUAAAGAGGAACAGUGUCUCAUCCUGACUUCAGCUCUGUGUUUAAACCCAUCACACCUGAGAGAGCUGAACCUCAGUGAGAAUAAACUACAAAACAGAGGAGCGAAGAUCUUAUGUGAUUUACUGAAGGAUUCACAAUGUAAACUGGAGAGAUUAAGGUUAAGAUGCUGUGAAAUGACAGAUGAAAGUUGUUCUGCUGUGACUUCAGCUCUGCAAUCAACCCCGUCACACCUGAGAGAGCUGGACCUGAGCGGAAAUCAACUAGAAGUAGAAAACCUUGGUGUUCUGCUGAGAAACCCAGAAUUAAAACUGGAAAUACUAGCUCUCUGUGGAUGCAGUAUUACAGAGAAACAGUGUCUCAGUCUAAGUUCGGCUCUGCGUUCAAACCUUUCACAUCUGCGAGAGCUGGACCUCAGUGAAAAUGAACUAAAAAAUACAGGAGUGAAUCACUUAUGUGACGUACUGAAGGAUUCACACUGUAAACUAAAAACACUGAGGUUAGGAUACUGUGAAAUAACAGAUGAAGGUUGUUCUGCUCUGGCUUCAGCUCUGAAAUCAAACCCAUCACACCUGAGAGAGCUGAACCUGAGUGGAAAUCAACUAGGAGACUCUGGAGUGAAACACCUCUGUGAUUUACUCAGGAACCUACAAUGCAAGCUGGAGAAACUAGAGCUGGGUAAAUGCAGUAUUACAGAGAAACAGUGUCUCAUCCUGAUUCUGGGUCUGUGUUCAAACCCAUCACACCUGAGAGAGCUGAACCUCAGUGGAAAUCAAAUGAAAAACUCAGGAAUGAAUCACUUAUGUGACAUACUGAAGGAUUCACACUGUAAACUGGAGAGACUGAGGUUAAGAUACUGUGAUAUGACAGACGAAGGUUGUUCUGCUCUGACUUCAGCUCUGAAAUCAAACCUAUCACACCUGAGAGAGCUGGAUCUCAGUGGGAAUAAAGUGAAAAACAAAGGAGUGAAGCAUAUAUGUGACAUACUAAAGAAUUUAGACUGUAAACUGGAGAGAUUGAGCCUGAAUGACUGUGGCAUUACAGAUAUUGCUUGUUUGGCUCAGCCUUUGGCUAAGGCGAAAGCAUUGCAUUUUUUAAAAGAACUUGAUCUGAGUAAGAAUAAAAUAGGAAACUCAAAGAAGCAGCUCAGUAAAGUGCUCAAAGACUCCAACUGUAACUUGAGCAUAGACAUUGAACAGCGCCUGUUCAGAGCUGGUCUAAAUCAUGUUGGUGGAUGGUUUACAUUGUGAAAUCAACAGGACUGGACCAGACACCAUCGGAUGAGGGAUCACAAAAAUGAAAAUAAGUAUUUGUAUUUUUUAAAAUAGUGAUAAAAUGGUGAUAUGAUGGCAAACAUCAGUUCAUAAAUAUAAACUAUUCCGAACCAACAGCUAAACCUACAGCAUUUAACAAAUGUAAAAUUUAUUGUAGUAGCUAGUAGCUUUAUGUAAUUACUAAUGCAUCCAGGUAGAACAAAUUGCAAAUGAAAUAAUGUGGUAUUACUCAGCAAAGAGAAAUAGAGCAAAGGGCCUAAAAUAUAUAAAAUCCAAAUAUAAAAUGAAAGAUGAUAGUGAAGGCUCCAUUUGUAUGAAAUAGACUUUCAAUCCACAAAUUGAAUCCACAGAAAUGUCUCUGUUUUUAAAGAUAUUUUAUUAAGCUGUAUAGAUCUACAUGUCUGUUUAUUACUGUCAUGGUGCUAUUACAAAAAUUGACCUUUAUGCACUGUCAAAGCCAUGAAAGUGCUACUUCAAGAAACCCAGAAAAGUGGCAUGAGUGGAUCCAAAUGGAUCAUGAUCCACAACAUAGCAUAUUAUAGACAGGGCAUUCAAAAACUAAGUUUGAUCAUACAUGAGUGUCGUGUGUCACAGGUAUUGUUUUUAAAAGUAUGAAGACAUUUUAACAGUUUUAUGACUUUUAAAAGUCUGAGAGAUGUCUUUAGUAUCCUUUAAUUAUGGCUAUUUGUGUUUAUUAUAUUUUGAAUGUCUUACUGUUUGUA